UGAGCGGCGGUAGGAGCGCUCACGCCGCAGGCACGCUUUCAGUGCGGCUCGUGGCCGCACCUGGGCCUUUUCAAUUCAGCGCGGAGCUAACGGAAAGAUUUUCUAUUUUGUACAUUGUUUUGUAUAUACUGUAUAUGAUGUCUUCAGUGGGCAAUGACCGAUCUCGUGGCGCUCGGGACAAGAUACAGGCUCAGACGUGCGCACAGAUACAGAAGCCAGUACAGGCUACAGCAGAACAAAUUCGACUUGCCCAAAUGAUCUGUGAUAAGACUGAUGUAGAUUUCGAAGAGAAAGUGAAGCAGUUGAUGGAAGUCACUGGAAAGAACCCAGAUGAAAGCAUAGUUGCACUUCAUGACUGCAACGGUGAUGUGAACAAAGCAAUCAAUGUACUCCUAGAAGGAAAUUCGGAUACGACUUCAUGGGAGACUGUAGGCAAAAAGAAGAGUCUUGGAACUGGAAAAGAUGGCGUCCUAGAAAAUAAAGAAAACAGAGAGAAGCGUGGAGAUAAAGCAACUCGGGGUCGUGCAGUCUCUUCUAGACGAGGGAGAGGAAGUCGAGGCAGGGAUUACAGAGUUGAGGAAAAUGGAGUGGAUAUUAGUCCAGGUGACAAACAUGCAGAACGGGGCAGGCGUGGCCGUGGCAGAGGAUUUAGUGGACGUAACAGAGGUAGGGGAGCAGGAAGAUUUUCAGCACAAGGCAUGGGAACCUUCAACCCUGUAGACUAUGCGGAUUCUGCAACAAAUAAUGGUUUUGGGACAACAUCUGAAAUUUGGGAGUCAGGCCAAAAUAAUGGAACAGGUAGAAAAAUGCCUGCGGAAAAUGAGUGUUCUUCAAAUUUUAAAAGAUUUAUAAAAUUGAUUUCUCAGAACAUAUUCUUUCUCCUCUUCUUCUCCACCACCCCACACCAACCUUCCUGUUAUUUGUUAGGUGCUUGGCAGAAUUCCAUGGAGGACUGGGUUACUGAAGACUGGAAUGAAGAUCUGACAGAAACGAAGGUCUUUACAGCUUCCACUCUUGUAAGAAUGGAGAACCAAGUCCCUGCAGGUUCAAGCACUGAUCUAGCAACAUUGCUUCAAAAACCCUCAACUGGUACUGUAACAGAAACCAACUCGUGUGAAGCACCCCAACAGGCAAACCUCACUCAGUCACUGGUGUUCACUAAUUCCCAACAUGAUGAUCCAAUUUCAUCGGUGGAAGGCAACUCCAAUGCUGUGAAUUCCUACACUCAGAACCUGUCUCCAGGGUUUGGAGAACUUGCGGCUACAAAAAUCCCAAAUUCUUCAGGGUCACAAUUACUUGAACAGUUGAAUUCGUCUGGUUUGGUUGAGAUUUCUGCACAGACCAGGAAAACAAAUAGCAACGCUUCUUCUUGGGAAGACAAAUCAACUUCACAAUCAACAGUCCUGAGCCAGUUUGACUUCAAGACCCAGCCUGAGCCUUCACCUGUUUUGAGCCAGAUGACUCAACGGCAACAGCAGACCUCUGAACCAGUAUUAAAUACCUAUUCCUCUCAGAUCAAGUUAAGAGAAUUGACUCCUGUUGACAGCACUGCUGUGAAAAUGUUACAACUGCUGCCUAUCUCCACAGACAAUCAAAUAACCAAUGCUCAACAGAUACAGCAAAAACAAUUUAAAACACAGAAGAGGAAGAUACCAACAUCAUCUAAAAUUCCUGCAUCUGCUGUUGAAAUGCCAGGGUCAAUUAAUGUCUCUGAAUUGAAUGUUCAGUUUGGAGCCUUAGAGUUUGGAUCAGAACCAUCUCUGUCUGAAUUUGGAACAGGAAGCAAGGAGCCUAUCAACCAGGCACAAAGCCACUUGUUCUCAAAUUCUGUAAGUGAUUCGGUGUCACAGUUUUUGUCAAUAUCAAGUGCAGUUCAAGAUUCAACAGAUCCAUCCUCCAUCAGCUCUUGCAGCUCAACUGCUCAGAUUACUCCAGUGACUUCAACAGUUGAUCAGAGUUCAGUGCAUGGAAUAUCUUAUCAGAACUCCCUCGGUUCUUCAUCUCAAAAGGAAGCUUCCUCACAGAAUGGCCGUGGGACACAACAGACACUUGAAGCUACAAUUUGCCCCACUGUGAAAUCUGAAUCGCAAUCUUUGUCAAGUGUGAAUCCAUUACCUACUGGAGUGUCUGCUGCUUCUGUUCUGCCUACGGUAUCACAACAUUCAGCUAAUUUGUCAAGUCUGAACCCGGCCAUUGAAUUGUCCAGCAGUUCUCAUUCGCAACUUAGCACUUCCUUGCCAAACCACCAAAGCAGCAGCCUUACUCCUGCCUCUUCUCUAACUACAAGCUCACCCAAUGCACACGCAAACGUUGACAGCAGCUUGCAGACUUCUGAAACUUUCUCCACUGCUUUGACGUUUACUACAGUCACCACCUCAUCAGUCAGUGCCUCCAGCAACCUAAACACUACAAACAGCCUUGGACUGAGUGCAGCAAGUGUAUCCAUGCCAACUGCUACCACACGAGCAGUUCCCUCUGUUUCUUCAGGGAAGGCUCCACCAAAUCUUCCUCCAGGUGUGCCUCCUAUUUUACACAAUCAGUACAUUGUUGGACCAGGGGGACUGCUGCCUGCAUACCCAAUCUAUGGGUAUGAUGACCUUCAGGUACUUCAAUCCAGGCUACCUCUGGAUUACUAUGGAAUGGCAUUUCCUGCUCCAGCUGCAGCACUUGCUAGCAGAGAUGGAAGUCUUGCAAGCAACCCUUAUUCAGGCGAUUUAGCGAAGUUUGGCAGAGGUGACUCAGCUUCACCUGCACCAGCGACCACUCUCUCCCAACCUCAACAAAAUCAGGCUCAUCACACCACUCAGCAAACCUUCUUAAACCCAGCUUUGCCACCAGGAUACAGUUACACAGGAUUGCCAUAUUAUGCUGGUAUGCCUGGUGUUCCCAGCACAUUCCAGUAUGGACCUGCCAUGUUUUUACCUCCAGGUGCUGCUAAGCAUGGACUGAAUAUGAACACUGCGUCAGCUUUUCAACAGGCAGGUGGCUAUGGACAGCAUGGAUACGGGACUGGUUAUGAGGAUUUAAACCAAGGGGGUGGAGCUGGAGAUUACAGCAAAGGUGCCUAUAGUGGGUCUACUCAAGCACAAACCAAAUCAGCUGCAGCUGGACCAGGGAAAGGUAUUUCGGUGAACUCUUCUAACAUUGUUCCUGAUUUGAGUGGCUCAGUAUACAAGACUCAGUCUUUUGACAAACAAGGAUUUCAUGCUGGUACGCCACCUCCGUUCAAUCUACCAUCGGCUCUUGGAGCAACAGGAACCUUAAACCCUGGUGCAGCUGCAGGAUAUGCUCCACCAUUUUUGCACAUUGUGUCAGCUCACCAGCAGCCUCAUUCUCAAAUGCUACAUCAUCACCUGCAACAGGAUAAUCAGGGUGGAUCUGGACAGCGCAGUCAGCAGAACAGCAUACCACAGAAGUCUCAGGUUAACAAACCCAACUAUGGCAACUCUCCCUACUGGGGUAAUUAAACUGAAAGUUGUUGCCCCCUUCUGGUAAAAGAAAGAAAAAAAACUGGUUGGCCAAAUGUCUGUGUUGGGGGGGGGAGGGGGAGCUAAAAUCUUAACAUUACCUUAAAUGUGACAGUUGCCUGCUUUUGAUUUGCUGUUGUAUGUAAUAUAUUUAUGUAUGUAUUUGUAUAUGUAAUAGAGCCUAGAUGUGGUUUCUGCACUUGAAGCCGUUCUUCAUGGGGGAGAUUAAUAAACUCUCAAUAACAAUGCAUAUUUGUUUGAGCUCUGUGGGCUUUCUAAAUGGACAGUGUUUUCCAGUAUUGAAAAUGGGAUUUCCUUUGUUUUAAUUCAGUUUAUGAAGAAUUCCAGGAAAGGGGUGGGGGUGUAGCAGUUUAGAAAUCCAGAUUCUGUGCAUAACUUUUUUUAGAUCUAUCCUAUUAAUUUUGUAUCAAUCAAACUUGGACUAUCUUGAUUUUAAGUUUGCCACCUGAUUCUGUGGAUGAUUUUCAAGCAACUGUUCAGAAACAAGAUUUUUUUUAAAAGAAAUCAUUGUCCUUCUAAGAACUGUAUUUAUCUUGGUAUUUAUUUAAUAUUUCAAUGCACAGGCUCCAGUAUGUUAAAUUAGAUACAUUUAUUUGGUAUGUUUCCCUUCUUGCCUGUGGUAAGCAGAGCUAGUGGUUUUGAAAAUCUUUACUUCCAAUAUAACAUCUCAUCCAUCAAUUUUGCUGUUAAUGUCAGGAGCCAGAAUGGUAAAUAUUUUAGUUGAAUUUCCUAUUAAACCCAAAGAAAACCUAAUAAAAGCUCUGAGCAAUUAAACAA